UCUCAUACAAAUUAAUCAUAACCACAUUUCUCUCCCUUUCUUUAUUUUCUCACGUAUCCACGCUAACUAGCAUGGGGAGAUCACCUUGUUGUGACAAAAAUGGCCUCAAGAAAGGACCCUGGACACCAGAGGAAGACCAUAAACUCAUCGAUUACAUUCAGAAACAUGGCUACGGCAAUUGGAGAAUACUCCCAAAGAAUGCUGGGUUGCAAAGGUGUGGAAAGAGUUGCAGACUUCGUUGGACAAACUAUCUCCGACCAGACAUAAAGCGAGGUCGGUUCAGUUUUGAAGAGGAGGAGGCUAUAAUACAGCUACAUAGCAUUCUUGGGAACAAGUGGUCAGCUAUUGCUUCUCGCUUGCCCGGAAGAACAGACAAUGAAAUCAAGAAUUACUGGAAUACACACAUUAGAAAAAGGCUUCUAAGGAUGGGAGUUGAUCCUGUGACACAUAGGCCAAGGCUUGAUCUAUUGGACCUCUCUUCCAUCCUAAGUUCAUCCUUCUAUGGUUCAAGUUCCACACAAAUGAACAUGCAAAGACUAUUUGGCACACACACACUGGUGAACCCCCAGCUUCUAAAGUUGGCCUCGUCACUCUUUUCCUCUCACCAAGGUGAACACCUCAACAUGUGUGCACAAAACGGUGAAGAGAAUCAGCUUUGUGAUCCACAAACUCAGAACCAAAUCCCACACUUGGUACAGAAUCAGGACUUGACUCAAGAAGCAUGUGAAACAGCUUGCAGCACGAUGAAUAUUCCCCCUUGUGUUUCGUUGCCUUUCACUCAAUCACAGUUGGCUGAACUUGAAUCCAAUAUGAACCCAUACCAUUCAAUUUUCCAUGACUCUGGCUUUCAACAACAGUCUCAGAUAAGUGAUUGGCAUUGCAAUGGAAUUGAUUUAAGUAGUGUGACAAAGACAGAGAGUUAUGUUCCUCAAUUACCAAGCUACAAUUACCCCGCCUCUGAUUAUAAUGCAAAUCUUAUGGACCCUCCAAUGUCAUUCCCUUCGGUUCUCUCAACGCCUUCGUCGAGUCCCACACCGUUGAACUCGAACUCGACUUAUGCGAAUGGGUGCAGUGGCACUGAGGACGAGACAGAAAGCUAUGUCAGCAGCAAUUUGUUGAGAUUUGAAAUCCCAGAUAUGUUAGGUGUGAAUGAGUUCAUAUAAUUAUUAAUUAAUGUAUUCACAUCAUCAAACAAUCGUAUUGAACAAAAUUGGAUCAACCAAAUGCAUCGACUGUGUUGAUACUUGUAACAUUUUCUAAAUUUUUAUUAGUAUUGGUAGUUGACUUUCUUCAUCGAGGCUUUCCAUGUGUUAGGAAGCAAGUAAAAAGGGCUUAUCCCUUUUGUAAUUAUUUAUUGUUUAAAGUUUCUAUUAUUGCUAU